AUGUGGAAACGAAUGUUUCAUAUUUCAGAUAACGAAAAUGAGACUGGGCGGGCAUUUUUUCAACACCGCCACCAUCGCCAAAACUCUGUAAUGUCUGAAGACGAGGCAUUGGCCGAUUAUGUUGAUACGAAGAUAAUAUAUCAGGCUGGUGUCGAUUUCGAGAGUAAACCGUUGGUGGUUGUGUGUGCUUGUAAUCUACCUGAUCCUAAUGAAGUAAACUAUGACAAAAUUUUAAAUCGAAUUCUACGUAAGCUCGAUUUAUUUGUAGAAAGCGAUUAUACUGUUGUGCUUUUCGCUGGCGGAGCACAACAUCGUCCAGGCUGGCAUUGGAUGUUUCGCGCAUACAAAAGUCUUAGUAGAAAAUACAAGAAAAAUUUAAAAAAUUUGUAUAUAGUACAUUCGACUACUUGGGCUCGCGUUAUACUUGAUGUAAUGAAUGUCGUGAUAAGCCCAAAAUUUGGUCGAAAAGUAAAUUAUAUUCCAACGCUAUCAAAACUGGCGUUAUAUGUUCCAAUAACACAAAUUGAAAUUCCACCGCUUGUCUAUACAUAUAACUUAAAAUUUGAAGAAAAAAUAACACUUCAGCCGACCACAUAUGAAAACGGAUCAUUAAUGUUUGGCGUCCCGAUUGAGGUGUUAAUGGGUUCGGAGGGGGAAAAAGGAUUACCUAGGGUGAUAAAGGAUUGUGUGAAUUAUUUGAGAGCAGAAGGACUGGAAACUGACGGUAUUUUUAGGCGUUCGCCUAGUUCUAUUCUAUUACGACAGGCAAGAGAAGCAUAUGAUCGAGGAAAUCCAAUUAAUCUUGCCGAUUAUGGGGUCCACGUCUCCGCUGUCUUACUAAAAAUGUUUUUCGCGCAACUCCCAGUUUCCGUAUUCCCCGCCGAAAUAUACGAAACACUACGACAAAUACGCCUGAAAAACGGACAUCUGGAAAGAAUAGAAUUCAUUCGUGAAACCAUUUUUCCCUUACUACUACCGCCGGUCGUAAUUCUAUUGCACUACGUCUGCUCCUUACUAUACGACAUUUCGAAACGCGAGAAAGUGAAUCGCAUGACCGCGUAUAAUCUUGCGGUGAUGAUGGCACCGAAUUUGGUACAUAGCGGGAAUCCGUUGUUGGAUGUUAGCAUGUGCGUGUUGAGUACGGACAGUGAUUCAGGAGGAGGUGUUGGAAUAUUUAUGAAACUUGCGAUUGAACAUUUUGAAUUGCUGUUUGAAGGGUUUGAGGAACCACGUAAUCGUAUUAGGGAUGUAGCUGAUCACAGUAGUAUUAGUACCAAGGGUCAUAAUCAUAUUCCUAGUGUCGGAACUGCUGCAUCAUCCUCAAGGACUUCAUCUGUCACCAGUGGAUCAACAGAACUUUCAUCAAAUAGCACUUCUAUAAAUAGCACAUCCGCCUCAUUCAUAAAUUCAACAAGCCCACCAAAAUAUCCGUCAAUUCGACGAAUGAGAAAUAUAGCAUCGGCGUCUAAUGCUGGCAGCAUACGUGGAGUUGGAGCUGGUGUAGAGAUUAGUGGAUUAAUGGUUUCAGGGAUGGUGACCAGUAGUAGUCCACCAGGAACUCCGAACGGCGAAGAACCUGGAUCACCGAGAUCAAUAGAUGAACUACGGAAAGCAAUACCGUGGAAUUGA